AUGACGAAUGGUGAUAGACCACCACCAGUUGUGGUCAAGGAUCAAAGUACCACAACUUUACAAUGUCCAAUGUUAACCGAAACAAAUUACAACAUCUGGGCGAUUCGUAUCAAGGCAGUAUUCAAGGUUCAUGGAAUACAGCAAGCUUUAGAACCAGGCGAAAAGGAGGUAGAUGCCAAAAAGGAUGACAUGGCAGUUGCACUUCUACUUCAAGCAAUACCCGAAGAGCUCGUGUUUCAAGUAGCUCAGUUUCAGACUGCAAAGGAAAUUUGGGAAGCGUUGAAGACACGGUAUGUUGGGGUUGAACGGGUUCGAGAGGCAAAGCUUGAGCAACUGGAAAAUGAGUUCGAAUCCUUGAAGAUGAAAGAAACAGAGACAGUUGAUUCUUUCGCGGGCAGAAUAAGUCAGUUGGUUACCAAGGCGGCCAGUUUGGGAACCACCUAUGAAAACAGAAAGCUGACCAGAAAGUUAUUAGGCUCUGUUCCAACAAAGUAUGUUCCAAUUGUAGCUUCAAUUGAACAAUUUGCAGAUUUGAAGACUAUGACGUUUCAGGAAGCGAUCGGUAGACUGAAGACGUUCGAAGACAGGAUUAAGGGUAUCGAGUCUUUAGCAGAAAAUCAAGGUAAUCUAAUGUUUGCCAAUGGUGAGUCAUCCUCGGAAUCCAAAUCCUAUGAAAAUACACGAGGGCGUGGGCGAGGCGGUUCAAGUUACCGAGGCAGACGUCAAGACCAGGAUGAUGAGGGCCAAGAUGGAAGUCAAAGUCGAGAUGGUCAAAAUCAUGGGUCAAAGCAAACGGGUCAAAGAAGAACCAAUGAUCGCCAAAAAGGAAGGAAAGAUAGAUCACAGGUUCAAUGUUACCGUUGUGAUAAAUUUGGUCACUUCGCGUCAGGAUGUCCGGAUCAUAUGAAGAAACAAGAUGAAGCUAACUUAGCUAAAAACGAUGACUUUGAUCCACCGUUAUUCAUGAUGAGGUGUGAUCAAGAGACGUUUUUUUUUAAAUGA